UUAAAGGAGCCAUUCUUAAUAGCAGUUCAGAAUGAUCGUUUAAGGACUAUGCCAGCCAGCUUCUUACCUCCUUCAGCUGUGAAUAAGAAAGGUGUUCUUCUUUUAGGAGAUGCAUAUAAUAUAAGGCACCCUCUGACUGGUGGAGGGAUGAGUGUUAUUUUAAAUGAUAUUAAAAUAUGGAGAAGUUUGCUCCAGGAUAUUCCAGACCUUUAUGAAGAUUCUGAUGUUCUUAAGGCGAAAAGAACAUUUUACUGGUCAAGGAAAAAAUCUCAUUCUUUUGUAGUGAAUGUUCUUGCCCAGGCACUUUAUGAACUCUUUGCUGCCACAGAUGAUUCCUUGCAUCAGCUAAAGAAAGCCUGUUUCCAUUACUUCAGACUUGGAGGAGAAUGUGUCUCAGGCCCUGUUGGAUUGCUCUCUGUGUUAUCUCCUAAACCAAUGGUACUGAUUGGCCACUUCUUCGCUGUGGCAUUGUAUGCUGUUUAUUUCUGCUUUAAGUCAGAGUCCUGGAUCACCAUUCCUCGAGCAGUUUUCAGUAGUGGAGCUAUUCUUUACCGGAGCUGCUCUAUAAUAUUUCCACUUAUUUACUCUGAAAUGAAGUAUUUAGUCUAUUAAAAUCCAGGGGAAAAUGACUGGAGGAAGAAAACAUGAAAAUCACAAUGCCUUCAAAAUCUUUGGACAUGUACUAUUUAAUAUUGUAUUAUGUUUCCUUCUCUUCAAAAUGCAAUUUCCUUGAUAAGGAUUUAAGGUUUUGUGGUUAUAUACAUAUAUAUUAUAUGUAAAUAUUCUUUUCUUUGCAAUUGAAGUUCAAAAAGGAGUUAGCUGUUUACAAGGACCAUAAUUAAGUGUUGACAUGUGGUAGAUAAUUGCCAGUUUUGUCAGAAUUUCCUUCCUUGCUUUAUCCAUUGCUGAGUGCACCACUAAUACUAAUAAACUGAGAAGUGAAAAUUGUAAACCAC